AUGACUUUGAUAGUGGAUGGGAAACGCUUUUCAGUGAGUCCAUCGUUAUUUACAAGACAUCCUAACACAAUGCUGGGAAGAAUGUUUAGUACUCCAAUGGAAAUCAAACCAAACGAGAAUGGAGAAUAUCGUAUAUUAAAUGGAAUAUCAUCACAUGUCUUCAGAGCAGUACUGGAUUAUUAUAAGACAGGUUUUGUUAAUUGUCCCUCGUCAGAAUCCAUCCAAGAAGUUAGGGAAGCUUGUGACUAUCUUUUAAUACCUUUCAACGAGAAAAACAAUCAAAACACAAACAAUCUAAGGGACUUCCUUCAUGAACUCUCUAAUGACGGAGCUAGAGCACAAUUUGAAGAAUAUCUUGAACCUUAUAUAAUACCAGCAAUGGUGCAUUGUGCUAGAGAAGGAGAAAGAGAAUGUCAACUAGUUGUUUUAAUGGAAGAUGAUGUCAUUGAAUGGGACGAUGAUUAUCCUCCCUCUGUAGGAGAGGAACAUAUACAACAGUUCAUGCGACUGAUCUUUGUCGGUUUUUUCAAAUAUUUUGAAAACAGAGAUAUAGCCAAGGAAGUAUUGAGAGAGAAGGGUCUCAAGAUUCGUAUAGGUAUUGAGGUUCCGACAACAAAAGAAAAAGUCAAAAUCAGACCCAAUACAGGAAGAACGGAAGUUGUUUAUAACUACAUACAACGUCCAUUUGUACGUAUGUCGUGGGAGAAAGAAGAUGCCAAGAGUCGCCAUGUUGAUUUUACAUGUGUAAAGAUAAAGACUGAGAUAGCACCAGAUGCUGAAGCAGCCACAUUAAUGUCAGCUGAAGAGGAAGAGGAGAGCUCUGAAUAUCACAUGAUAUUGGCACUUGACUCGCUUGGAGAGGGAAUGGCUCAUCCAUGGCAAGAAGAUGAAAAAAUGCAGAUAGUGAAAUUGGAGAGACUGAAAUAUUUCAAAUCGCAACAGACAAAGAGGAUACUGAAUACCAAGUGA